UUGCUGAUGAUUCUGAAUCGUUUUCUUAUCUUAAGAAUUCAACUUCUCCGACUUUAAACUCUGUUUAUGGCCUCUUAUACCUUCAACACACAUCUUUCUAUUUCACAACUUGUGACUAGUACCUAGGUAUUUAUCCGGAAACAACCCGCUUCCCACACCCCCUUUAAGUAUUCUAGUGUUCAUCCGCAGUCUUAGUUUCAAUUGCCUGUGGACCAGGAACUGUGGCCAGAAGCAAAAAGGAACAGAAAACGACAAAAAUGUCGCAUGUAGAAAGUCUCAGUGUUGCCAAUACCCAGUUUACCCUGGACCUCUUCAGAAAGAUCAAUGAAACCAAUCCCAGUGGCAACACCUUCUUUUCUCCUUUGAGCAUCACAGCAGCUCUAGCAAUGGUGUAUCUUGGGGCCAAAGGAAACACUGCUGCUCAGAUGGCCAAGGCACUCCAUUUUGAAAAGACCACGGACGUGCACUCUGGUUUUCAGACACUGAGUGCUGACAUCAACAAACCUGGUGCUUCCUAUUUGCUGAAACUUGCUAACCGUCUGUACGGAGAGAAGACGUUCAGCUUUCUUAAGGAAUUCUUGGAGUCCACUUUGAAAUUCUACAGUGCAGACCUAGCAGCUGUGGAUUUCAUUGGUGCCACAGAGGAAGCGAGGCAGCAGGUCAACCAGUGGGUAGAAAGCCAGACAGAAGGUAAAAUUAAGGACUUACUGAAAGAGGGAUCAAUCAACAGCCUCACAAGACUGGUACUGGUGAAUGCAAUCUAUUUCAAAGGAAACUGGCUGAACAAAUUUGAUGAAAAGAAUACUAAAGAAAUGCCCUUCAAACUGAAUAAGAAUGAAAGUAAACCAGUCACAAUGAUGUAUCAGAAGGAGAAGUUUCCCUUCAAUUAUGUUCCUGAACUGAAACUCCAAGUCCUGGAGCUACCAUAUGCUGAGAAAGAGCUCAGUAUGAUCGUUCUACUGCCGAGUGAGAUGGCAGAUAACUCCACUGGAUUGCAACAGCUGGAGAAAGAGCUGACCUGGGAAAAGAUCCAGGAGUGGACUAAGAGGGACAACAUGGACACUCACACUGAUAUAUAUGUCCACCUUCCCAAGUUCAAGCUGGAAGAUAGUUAUGACCUGAAGACACACCUGGUUGGCUUAGGCAUGGCAGAUGUUUUCUGCUCCAAAGCUGACCUGUCAGGAAUGAAUGGAGGACCUGGCCUCUUCUUGUCCCAGGUUGUGCACAAGUCCUUUGUGGAGGUGAAUGAAGAAGGCACUGAAGCUGCUGCUGCCACAGCCGGCAUAAUCGCCUUCUGCAUGCUGCGAGAGGAGCAUUUUACUGCAGACCACCCAUUCCUGUUCUUCAUUCGGCACAACAAAACCAACAGCAAUAUUUGUCAUGAGUCUGCAGGCUCCAUUAAUACUGUGUUUUCAUAA